ACAUGUCAUACCUUGCGUCAUUUGUCGAAAAGAUCGAACCUUUGUCUCCCUCCCCUCCUCUCUCUUUCUAUCUAUACAUAUAAAAAAGACAAAAAAAAGAAAAUGAAGCUGAAGAAGAAAAACCCAUACAAUUCAACUCUCCAAUUUCCACUUUGGGUAUAUUUUGGAUUAAACACUGAUAGUUAGUUGCUGCUGCCGGAGAGUGGAGUCUUUUGAUUUCUUACCCAAAAUGAGCUGGUGGUGGGCUGGAGCUGUUGGCACUGCUAAGAAAAAGUUGGAAGGUGCUGACUCGGAAGGCUACCAAAGCGUGGCGCUAGUGAUCGGCGUAACGGGCAUCGUGGGCAACAGCCUGGCGGAGAUCCUCCCGCUCCACGACACGCCCGGCGGUCCGUGGAAGGUGUACGGCGUCGCGCGCCGCCCCCGUCCCGAUUGGAGCGUUGACCACCCCGUAGACUACAUCCAGUGCGACAUCUCGGACCCUGAAGACACCCAAGCCAAGCUCUCCAAAUUAACCGACGUCACCCACAUCUUCUACGUGACGUGGACCAGCAGAGCCAAUGAGAUCGAGAAUUGCGAGGCCAACGGCGCAAUGUUCCGCAACCUCCUACGUGUCGUGAUCCCAGUGGCUCCUAACCUCCGCCACGUCAGCCUCCAAACCGGCACCAAACACUACCUUGGGCCGUUCGAGUGCAUUGGCAAGAUCAAAGCCCAUGACCCGCCUUUCACCGAGGACCUGCCGAGGCUGGACGUACCCAAUUUUUACUACACUUUGGAGGACAUAUUGUUUGAAGAGGUCCAGAAAAAUGAGGGCCUGACUUGGUCCGUCCACAGGCCCUAUAACAUUUUUGGCUUUUCUCCUCACAGCUUGAUGAACAUAAUUGGGACGCUUUGUGUCUACGCUGCUAUUUGCAAGCAAGAGGGCAAACCCUUGAAGUUUCCCGGCAGCAAAGUGGCUUGGGAGUGUUAUGCGAUGGCCUCGGACGCUGACCUGAUAGCAGAGCAGCACAUAUGGGCGGCAGUGGACCCGAAUGCGGCAAACGAAGCGUUUAAUAUAAACAAUGGGGAUGUUUUCAAGUGGAAGCAGUUUUGGAAGGGGUUGGCGGAGCAGUUUGGGAUUGAGGAGCAUGGGUUUUAUGAGGAGGAGGAGGGUGAGGGGAGGUUGAGCUUGGUGGAGAUGAUGAAGGGGAAGGAGGGUGUGUGGGAGGAGAUUGUGAAGGAGAAUGAGCUGCAGCCUACGAAGCUGGAGGAGGUGGGGGUGUGGUGGUUUGCUGACUAUGUGUUGGGCGGGGAGGCUGUUUUGGACAGUAUGAAUAAGAGCAAGGAGCAUGGGUUUUUGGGGUUUAGGAACUCCUCCAAGUCUUUCAUUUCAUGGAUUGAGAAGAUGAAAUCUUACAAGAUUGUACCAUGAA